AUGGUGAAAAAUACAGAGAAGAUUGCUGAGUACGAAAAAUUUUUGCACGAAAAAUUAGAACCUGAUUUAAAACAUGUUUGGGAUUUGCGUGAAAAGAUAUAUGAAGAAACCUCGGAUUAUAUGAAGUUGAAAAACUAUAUUCAGUUAAUCAAAUCGAACGAACUAAAAGAGUUAAAAACCAUGGUUGAUUUGGGAUCAAACUUUUACGCACAAGCGAAAAUACCCGAUACUACAUAUAUCUAUGUAAACGUUGGGUUUGGGUUUCAUGUGCAAUUGACUUUGGAUGAGGCGAUCAAAUAUAUCGAUCGUAAAGAGAAAUUACUACAAAGAAAAUCAGACCAAUACACUCAAGACAUUUCUAAAAUUAACGCACACAUAAAACUGGUGUGGAUUCGAGAUG